AUGAACUCCUUCCUCUUGGUCGCCCUCAUCUUUGCUCCAGUCGUCGUUGCCUCAUCCGAACCCUUCAGCUUCCUCGGCAAAGAAAAACAUGCCGCCUUCAAAGAGUUGUUGAACAAAAACAAACAAGAACCCCAAGGAAAACUGAAGGCCGCCAUCAAGAAGUUCCUCUUGGACCAGCCAGCCGAUGUUCAAGCCAAAUACAAGGAAUUGAAGGCUAAAACCGUCAAGCAAGUUGAAGAAUACGAAAGAGUUAGAAAGACCUUGCCAGAAGCUGAACAAAAGUUGGUUUUGGAUGCCGUCAAGCUCCUUCAUGAUGAAAAGAUUAACGUCAAGGCUGUUACUGAAGGAAUCCACAAAUUGGCUAAGGCAGCUGAUAAGAGCGUCCUUGAAAGCGUUAAGAAAGCUGGUCUUUUGCCAGGAAGACUCCCAGGACAACACCUCACUCUUGAACAGGAGAGACAAUUGUACCCUGAAUUGUAA